AUGAAGCCCCAUCCCGGGCCGCAGGAGGCCCGGCGGCCAGCUUCGGACAUCCGCGUGUUCGCCAGCAGCUGCACCCUGCACGGGCUGGGCCACGUCUUUGGCCCCGGGGGCCUGACGCCUCGCCGAGGGCUGUGGGCCGCCGCCGUGCUCCUGUCGCUGGCCGCCUUCCUCUACCAAGUGGCUGAGAGGGUGCGCUACUAUGGGGAGUUCCACCACGAGACAGCCCUGGACGAGCGCGAAAGCCACCGGCUCACCUUUCCCGCCGUCACCCUGUGCAACAUCAACCCGCUGCGCCGCUCCCGCCUCACGCCCAACGACCUGCACUGGGCCGGGCCCGCGCUGCUGGGUGUGGAGCCCGCCGAGCAUGCCGCCUUCCUGCGCGCCCUGGGCCAGCCCCCCGCGCCGCGCGGCUUCAUGCCCAGUCCCACCUUCGACAUGGCUCGACUGUACGCCAGGGCCGGGCACAGCCUGGAGGACAUGCUGCUGGACUGCCGCUACCGAGGCUGGCCGUGCGGGCCCGAGAACUUCACCGCGAUCUUCACCCGGAUGGGUCAGUGCUACACCUUUAACUCGGGCGCCGAUGGGGCAGAGCUUCUCACCACUCCCAAGGGCGGCAUGGGCAACGGGCUGGAGAUCAUGCUGGAUGUGCAGCAGGAUGAGUAUCUGCCCGUGUGGAGGGACAUGGAGGAGACCCCGUUUGAGGUGGGGAUCCGAGUGCAGAUCCACAGCCAGGAGGAGCCGCCCACCAUCGACCAGCAGGGCUUCGGGGCAGCCCCUGGCUACCAGACCUUUGUGUCCUGCCAGCAGCAGCAACUGAGCUUCCUGCCACCACCCUGGGGCGACUGCAGCUCCGCAUCUCUGGACGCUGACUUUGAGCCGGAACCUUCAGGUCCCCUGGGGGCCCCCAGCCCCAGCCCAGGCCCCCACCCUCCGUAUAGUCUAAUGGGGUGUCGCCUAGCCUGCGAGACGCGCUACGUGGCUCGGAAGUGCGGCUGCCGAAUGAUGCAUAUGCCUGGAGGCGCGCCAGUGUGCAGCCCCCAGCAGUACAAAGACUGCGCCAAUCCGGCGCUCGACGCCAUGCUGCGGAAGGACGCGUGCACCUGCCCCAACCCGUGCGCCAGCACGCGCUACGCCAAGGAGCUCUCCAUGGUGCGGAUCCCGAGCCGCGCCUCCGCCCGCUACCUGGCCCGGAAACACAACCGCAGCGAGGCCUACAUCGCAGACAAUGUGCUGGUGCUGGACAUCUUCUUUGAGGCCCUCAACUAUGAGACAGUGGAGCAGAAGAAGGCCUAUGAAGUGUCAGAACUGCUUGGUGACAUUGGGGGCCAGAUGGGGCUGUUCGUCGGAGCCAGCCUGCUCACCAUCCUUGAGAUCCUGGACUACCUCUGUGAGGUGUUCCGAGACAGGGUCCUGGGAUACUUCUGGAACCGAAAGCACUCCCAAAGGCAUUCUAGCACCAAUCUGCUUCAGGAAGGGCUGGGCAGCCACCGAACCCCAGGUCCCCACCUCAGCCCGGGCCGCAGGCCUCCCACCCCUCCCUGUGCUGUCACCAAGACUUUGUCGGCAUCCCACCGCACCCGCUACCUUGUCACACGGCUCUAGACCCGGCGUCUGUGUCUUCAGGGUUGCACCCUGACAUCCUGGACAUGCCCCGCCUGCUCGUGUCUCUGCCAUCUUCACCCCAAAUAAAGUUCUAGUGCAUCAGCCUCGGCCGGUUCUCUUACAGGCAGA